AUGAACUUCAUUUUCCUGUCAAAUAUACACGGCUUAGUAUCGGAGCCGUCAAAGAAAAUCGUUCUUGGGUCCCCGAACGCCAUCAGAGAAGAGACAAACCUGCCAGAGUACUUCAAACCCUGGAUGGACAUUGCUAAAAAUGUCCCUGAACUCAUCUCAUCCCAUUCCAUGCGGCUCAGAGUUCAUAUCAUGCCUUUGCUGGAGACUCAUCUGUUGCAUCUGAGUCACCUUGAGCUGCGUUUGGCUCAUCUCGCUUUGAGUACAUUUACUAUGGGUUACGUAUGGCAGGAGGGAGACAGAGAAACCAUGAAUGUCCUUCCACGAAAUUUGGCUGUGCCAUUAUGGGAAGUGUCCCAGAGACUGGGUCUACCCCAAAUUCUCUUCCACGCUAAUACAGUUCUUGCCAACUGGAAGAAAACAAACCAGAUGGAUUAUGUAGACCACUCCAUACUCUAUGGGAUUUUGAGGAUCUAUCUCUCUGGAUGGAAAGACAACUCUUCGAUGGCAGAAGGUCUAGUGUAUGAAGGAGUUCAGAAGAAGGCAAUGGAGUAUUCGGGGGGAAGUGCGGACCAGAGCAGCACCCUGCACUGCUUUGAUGAAUUGAUGGGAUUCAAACAUGAAGAGUAG